AUGGUCGAUAAUGUCACGUAUCCUACUUUUGUCACUCAGUUGGCAUUGUUUCGAACUAUUUGUAUCCGUGAGAAGGUUCAGAUUAUUCAUGGUCAUCAAGCAACGUCUGCAUUCAUGCAUGAAUGUCUGUUUCAAGCCAAAGCUUUAGAUCUUGGAAUUAAAACCGUUUAUACCGAUCAUUCUCUCUUUGGUUUUGCUGAUGCUGCAAGUGUUCACUUGAAUAAAGUCAUGAAAUUUUCCAUGUCGACGGUAGAUGCUGCCAUUGGUGUCUCCCAUACAUGUCGAGAGAAUCUAGUGCUUCGAGCUUCACUUCGUCCGGAUAAAGUUGCAACAAUUCCUAAUGCUGUUGAUGCUACCAAGUUUACACCAUUGAUUGCAUCAAUACGCAAACGAGAUGAUGAUCCAAUUACAGUCGUCAUCAUCUCACGACUUGUGUAUCGGAAAGGGAUUGACCUUGUAGCGAGAGCAAUUCCAUUAGUAUGUGCGCAAGACUCGAGGGUGCAGUUCUUGAUUGGAGGAGAUGGAGCAAAGCGAUUACUACUAGAAGAAAUGAGAGAAAAGUACAGACUACAUGAUCGAGUGACGCUAUAUGGAGCGGUGCCACAUGCCCAAGUGCGGGAUGUGCUGUGUCAAGGGCAUAUUUUUCUUAACAGCUCACUGACUGAAAGCUUCUGCAUUGCUAUCCUGGAAGCUGCAGCUUGUGGUCUCUUUGUUGUGAGCACACGGGUUGGUGGCGUGCCUGAAGUGUUGCCACCUGAUAUGGUGCAAUUUGCUGCGGACAUCACGCCGGAGGCGCUGGCACAGGCAGUUUUGGCUGCAGUGCCACGGUUGGCGGGUGUUGAUAGACAGGAAUUUCAUGACCGCGUGGCGAAGAUGUAUAAUUGGAACGCUGUCGCUGUGCAAACCGAAAAAAUAUACGAAAAGGUGUGUGCACUUCCAGACAGCUCCUUGCUACAUCGACUACAGCUUUACCACGGCAUUGGUCCAGUGGCAGGAAUGUUGGCCUCUGUUGUGGCUGCUGUGCUGUAUCUGUUUGUGGUAUUUCUCGAGUGGUGGCAGCCUGCUGCUGACAUUGAACGCGCCAUUGACUGGACUCCAGCAUCUCGACAAGAUGAUGACAACGCCGAAUGA